AGAGCAUAAAAAUAUUAAACAGCAAACAAAACCUUAGCAACAGCUCUACAAAAAAGACAAUAGACUCAAAACUUAAAUAAAGUUUUUCGAAAGCAAACAUAAAAAUGGGUGCCGAUGCUAAUGCAAAGCAAACGAUUUGCUCAAAAACAGCUGCUCUACUAUCAACAAAGUCACUUACUGUUGACACAAAAAUGAUGCAGGCAGAAGACUCGACAUUGUCAACAUCAAAGACCGAAGAAUUGGUUGAAAAAAUUACAAAUUCAGAGUCACAUGAAGAUGAGUUAAAGAAGUGCCGAGAAAUUGGUUCAAAAGUUCCAGUUAUGCAUGCGGGAGCUGAAAUUGGAACUGAUCCUAAUUAUAAAUUUACAUUCGUUUGGUUCAACACUAUUGGAUUUAUUUUAUUGCACAUUAUUGGAUUUUCUGGUGCAAUUGCUGGAUUAUUUUUAGUAUGCAAGUGGCAGACGUCACUAUAUUCUCUCUGGCUGAUCUAUGCAGCAGGACAGGGUGUAACAAUGGGUGCACACAGACUAUGGAGUCAUCGAGCUUUUAAGGCUAAUCGGUGGCUUAAAAUCUUCUUACUUUACAUGCACACACUUGCAGGUCAAAAUUGCUUGUACGUUUGGGUACGUGAUCAUCGUCAGCAUCACAAAUACAGUGACACCGAUGCUGAUCCUCAUAAUGCUAAUCGUGGCUUCUGGUUCAGUCAUGUUGGCUGGCUUUGUGUAAGGAAGCAUCCAAAAGUGAAAGAAUAUGGCAAGAAGAUUGAUAUGUCGGAUAUGGAAGCUGAUCCCUACAUUAUGUUCCAGAAAAAUCACUACAAACUUCUUUAUACAGUUUUUGCUCUUGGAUUACCGACUGCCAUUCCUAUUUACUGCUGGGGUGAGGGUUUCUGGAUGGCUAUGUGGGUUGCAUAUUUUGGACGAACUAUUAUCAACUUAAAUGUCACGUGGCUUGUCAACAGUGCUGCUCAUCUUUAUGGAACUAGGCCUUUCGAUAAAACAAUCUUCCCAGUUGAGUCAUGGAUGGUCGCCGCUCUAGCAACAGGUGAAGGCUGGCAUAACUAUCAUCAUGCAUUUCCAUGGGAUUAUCGUGCAGCUGAACUUGGAAGUCCACUCAAUUUAACUUGUACUCUUAUCGAUUUUCUUGCUAAAUUCGGAAUUAUUUAUGAUCGACGUGAAGCAACUGCUGCAAUGGUCAAGAACCGUUGCCUACGCACAGGUGACAUGUCUCAUGAAAAGUAUGGAAAUCCAGAAAAAGCUCCAAAGACAACAACAUUGUUCAGCAUCUGGCAUCAUCCAAUUAAUCCAUCAUAUAACUCUGUAGAAAAGCCAGAAAUUAAAAAUCUUCCAGGUAUGGGAUAUGCACUUGUACAAGAAGAACUAGCGUCACGAGAAGUUGACGAGGAAAUUUUGUCAAAAGAAAAUGAAAUUUUAGAAAAAAUUGCGAGCAGCACAGACGAAAAUCUCAAUUAUCAAGACUCAAAUAACAACACAGAUUCACUUUUAACAAAAAGAAACAAAAAUAAAUUAAACAUUAAUGAUGUCUAUGAAGUGCCUUCAAUUCAAUGUGGACUGGCUUACACUACUGUGCCGUAUAAUCCUGAAUAAAAAUAAAACCUUUGAAUUCAUUAGUUAAAUGUGCCUUCUUGAUUCUCUCAAUUCAUGUCAAGUCAUAAAAUGUGAGAGACUUCCUUGAAUUAUCAACUAAGUGAAUUAUGACUAAAUUAAUUUUAAGGCAUUGCGGCUACAAAAUUGAUGAUUAUUUUCAAGAUUUUACAAACUUUUUUUAAAAU